UUCAGGCCGGAAUGGCUAUGGAAUGCAGAGCCGUUUCAACCCUGCUACCUCCAGAUCCUCAGGAACAAGAACUAAUACUAGUGAAAGUAGAAGAAAGCCUUUCCUGGGGGCAAAAAUUAAAGCAGAAUGGGAGUACCCGAUCUUGCCAAGAAUUGUUUCGCCAGCAGUUCAGAAAGUUUUGCUACCAGGAGACACCUGGGCCCCGGGAGGCCCUGGGCCGACUCCAGGAGCUGUGCUACCAGUGGCUCAUGCCAGAGUUGCACACGAAGGAGCAGAUUCUGGAGCUGCUGGUGCUGGAGCAGUUCCUGAGCAUCCUGCCCGAGGAGCUGCAGGCCUGGGUUCAGCAACGUGGUCCAAAAAGUGGCGAGGAAGCUGUGACUCUGUUGGAGGAUUUGGAGAGGGAAUUUGAUGAUCCUGGGCAGCAGAUUCCAGCUAAUCCACAAGAACAAGCAUUACCAUGGAAGGAUUUGACAUGUCUUGGAGCAUCCCAAGAGUUAAACACCCAACUCCAGCCUUUAAAGGCACAGCUGAAACCUUGGGAACCUUGCCUUUACCCCCAAAGUGAUCGUGAGAACAAUGAAUCAGCGACAAAGGAGGAUAUUUCAGGAGGAAAAGCAGGACUUCCCCAGGAACUUUCAUUCAGAGGAAUUAGUGAACACAAAAGCAGCUUCGAGUGGCUUCAAGGAAGUGCUUCAAGGAAGAAAUUAGGAAGCUCCCCUUCCCCAGCAGGCAGUUGUAGUCAAGCCAUCACACACGGAUCUCUAGGAAAGAGAUUCCAUCAUGAGCCACAAAGAAGCCUGAUUCUAAGUACAAACUCUAUAACAUUUCAGAAAGUUCCUACAGAAGAGAGACCUCAUAGAUGUGAAGUAUGUGGGCACAGGUUUAAACAGCAUUCCUCUCUAACACAACAUCAGAGAAUCCAUACCGGAGAAAAGCCCUACAAAUGCAGCCAGUGUGGGAAGGCCUUUAGCUUGAGGUCGUAUCUGAUUAUUCAUCAGAGAAUCCACAGUGGUGAGAAAGCAUAUGAAUGUAGUGAGUGUGGAAAAGCCUUCAAUCAGAGCUCGGCCCUCAUUAGACAUCGGAAAAUUCAUACAGGUGAGAAAGCUUGUAAGUGUAAUGAAUGUGGCAAAGCAUUCAGUCAAAGUUCAUAUCUCAUCAUCCAUCAAAGAAUUCAUACUGGUGAGAAACCCUAUGAGUGUAAUGAGUGUGGGAAAACCUUUAGCCAAAGCUCAAAGCUUAUAAGACACCAGCGAAUCCACACAGGAGAGAGACCUUAUGAAUGUAAUGAAUGUGGGAAAGCGUUCAGGCAGAGUUCAGAGCUGAUAACCCAUCAGAGAAUACAUAGUGGAGAGAAGCCCUAUGAAUGCAAUGAGUGUGGAAGAGCCUUCAGUUUGAGCUCAAACCUCAUUAGACAUCAGAGAAUUCAUAGUGGAGAGGAACCUUAUCAGUGUAUUGAAUGUGGCAAAACAUUCAAAAGGAGCUCAGCCCUUGUUCAGCAUCAGAGAAUCCACUCUGGGGAUGAAGCUUAUAUAUGUAAUGAGUGUGGGAAGGCUUUCAGGCACAGAUCAGUCCUCGUGCGCCAUCAGAGAGUCCACACUGUAACAUAACGUGAAUACAAGGACUAUUCUAAACUAGAGGCCCAGUGCAUGACAUUGGUGCACGGUUGGGGGGUGUCCCUCAGCCCAGCCUGCACCCUCUCCAAUCUGGGUUCCCUCACAAUCCGGGACUGCUGGCUCCCAAACACUCGCCUGCCUGCCAGCCUGAUCGACACCUAACUGCUCCCCUGCUGGCCUGGCUGCCCCCAACUGCCCUCCCCUGCUGACCCGGUCACUCCUAACUGCUCUUCCCUGCUGGCCUGGUCCCCCCCAACUGCCCUCCCCUGCUGGCCAUCUUGUGGCGGCCAUCUUGUGUGAGGGUCAAUUUGCAUAUUACCUCUUUAUUGUAUAGGAUACUUCUGUCAAAUGUUUAUCUUUGUUAAUCAAAGACUCCAUGAAGGUUGCAAACUCCUAGGUCUCGAGUCAAUCAGACUUUGUGCAGCACUCCCCAGUGCACAUGCACAUUAUCCCUUGAAAGCUUUUCCUGUGACUAGUCAGAACAGCAAAUGGAAGAAUUGUUGCUUCCUCCUUUUCUCUUACCAUUAGGAAUACUCAGGAAAUAGGGAAAAUGGACUAGUGCAUUGAAACCUCAUUUUCCAGGAGAAUGUCAUGAAGAGGGUAAGCAGUCCAUGCUCUGUCACUGCGUCUGAUUGCUGGUGUGCCAGGUUUGGGGGACGGUGUGGACAAUACAAGGGACAUUUUGUCACAGGAAUGCAAGUUUACUGAUCAAUUAAGAACAGUGACAUGACAGCAAGACAGAUGGGGAAACGGUUUCAUCAGUGAUUUAAUGAGCCCAGGGCCGGCCAGAAAUGAGACAAUAAUACAGAUUAAUUUAUCCAGCAGUUCUUUUUGAGUGCUUACUUUGUGCCAGGAACCAGGUAUCAUGGAAAAUAAAGACGUUUUGUAGUUUAAUGGACAAGGCAAACGAGCAGUGGCACUGGUAUGGUCAGUGCCACGUGACAUUAAGAAGUCCCUAACCCAACCUUGGUCAAGGAAAAAUGAUCUGAAGGAUGAGGGGGAACAGACACAGGUCUGGAAGAAAGUCUGAGAAAUUAAAAGUAAAAGCCCCCCUUGUGUGGAGCAUGCCUGGUGAGUUCCUGGUGAAGUGGAGUCAGGUUUGUAAGGGGUGUGGAUGCAGCCAGGCUCUUCAGCAGUGCCUACAGUAAAAUAGGAGCCAGUGGAGAAGUCUGUUAAUAGAAAAACCCUGGAGUCCUUGGACCACCGGGCGGUGAGCUUUGUCUUCGUCUGAUGUGACCCAUUAAAAGGGUUAAUAGCUUCCUUGCUCUACCUGUAGGCUAGACCUUUCAUGAGGGUGGGGUGGGGCCAGAAAGACCCCAGCCUGGAGGUUGAGUCUGUCUAAAUGUCCCUCCCAGACAGAAGGACAUCUUCGGUUCUUACCAGUAAGACUGACAAAGCUGCUAUCAACUUCCUCCCACCUUCCAGUGCUCUGGAUCAGAAGCUGCUAUGGCUACCAUAUCAUUGGGGGCUGCACCCCCACAGUUGCUAGUGCACUGCCUUGGGCUCAGAUGCUAAAAAAUACUUGUCAGUUGCUGGGUCUGUGACUUAAUUCUCCAAGUACUCACACAUGAUCAGUUUUGUCUUAUAUCAGCAGCAUUCAGUCUUUCAUGAAUUCUGUUAAAGACAAAGCUAAAGGGAAGUGACAACAGAAAGUAAUAGUCAUGGUCCAUCCAGAGAUUCCCAUCUUCUGAAGGACCCAGCAGGAAACGUACCUCUAGACUGGUACUUCUCUACAAUGUGGGAAGGGGUAUAGGCUGGCCAGCAACAGAAAAACAUGUUAUUCAAAAUACCUAACAGUUAUAACUCACCAAAAAUAGAAAUCUAUGGGCAUCUAGAAUCUUGUGCAGAGGAUAAACAAGAGAGGUAGUAUUCCAGUUGGGGCAUACGCAGAUGAGCAUGUAUUAACCAGCAGGAAUGGCAGGAGGGCCAACUGCCCAUGCUUAGAAUGUAAAAAGAAAGGGAGAGAAUCAUUUGGAAAAGAUGGUAAAAUGUAACAAGAGUUAUUCAACUCCUGUUUUCUUCCACAAACUGAAAAGAUUCAAACUGAAAGGGUAGGACAAACUAGGAAUGAUACACCAUUAUAGGAGGAGGAUGUUCUUUACACAGAGUUCUUACACAGAUCAAUAG